UAAUAUUUAAGAGAUUUAUAUAAUGAAUAAUCUACAAGAAAUUAUAUGUACAUUUAACGUGCGAAUUUUUAAUGAAGAGAAGGAUAACGAGGAUGAAUACUCUGCCUCGGCGUGCGAGAUCAUGCAACGACGAAGUUCUAGCCGUUGGCAAAGUAGGCGAAAACGUCGACCGUCCUCUCCUUUCGGCAUCGAAGCCGAGGGUACUCUUCAUCGAAGAUCUUCCGCUUAUACUAUAAGCUCCGGAGAAACCGCGAUCUCGAUAGAGGAGAGCGGAAGCCAGGAGCAGAUAUUCGAGAAAUUGAAGUUGCACAAAGAGGUGUUGAGCGGGGUGAAGCAACAACCUUGGCCGCUUCGUAGGAAAAUAAAGCUGGUGCGGCAAGCAAAAUCCUACGUGAGAAAGCACGAGGAUGUUCUUCAGGAAAGAUUGGCUCAGACUCGAAGCACUAAGGACGCCAUUGCGCGUGUCUCUCUGUUCGCCACGAAAAAAUGGCAAUAUUGCCGUAGAGAGGUAGUGAAUCUUCAAACAUGGCUGAUUCCCUGGGAAUUUCGCAUAAAAGAGAUCGAGUCGCAUUUUGGCUCGGCUGUAGCCUCGUACUUCAUUUUCCUUCGAUGGCUGUUUUGGAUUAAUCUCGUUAUGGCAAUUAUCCUCGUUGCUUUCGUGGCAAUUCCCGAGAUGCUCACAGCAGACGAAACUGCGGCGGGGAAGAUUAUGCUCGAAGAGGAGAAAAUAAAGUCGAAGAACUUGCUAACUCUAUGGGAAUUCGAAGGAAUCUUGAAGUACUCGCCAUUUUUUUACGGCUGGUACACUAACAAAGAUUCGCAAAGCGGGUAUAGAUUACCCCUAGCUUAUUUCGUCACUAAUUUGGUGGUUUACAUCUACAGUUUCCUCGCCAUAUUGCGCAAGAUGGCAGAAAAUUCUCGGUUGAGCAAACUCAGUGAAAAAGAGGACGAAUGUGCGUUUUCCUGGAAAUUAUUCACAGGUUGGGACUUCAUGAUCGGCAACCCUGAAACCGCGCAUAAUAGGACGGCGAACAUCGUGCUUGGAUUCAAAGAAGCUUUAUUGGAAGAGGCCGAGAAGGAAAAAGACGAGAGAAAUUGGAAGAUAAUAUUGAUGAGGAUCUUCGUUAAUGUAUCAGUGAUAGCGUUAUUGGGAUUGUCAGCCUAUGUCGUAGUGAAAAUUGUUGCACGAAGUUCCAAGAAACAGAAUAAUUGGUGGCGUCAAAACGAAAUUACAGUCGUAUUGUCACUAAUCACAUAUCUGUUCCCAGUAUUCUUUGAAAUAUUGGGCCUGUUGGAGAGCUAUCAUCCCAGGAAGCAAUUGCGUUUGCAGCUUGCACGAAUAUUAUUUUUGAACAUGCUGAAUCUGUAUUCUUUAAUAUUUGCUUUAUUUGAAAAAAUUGAUUCAAUGAAACAAUUAAAAGAUCAGUCAUUUAAGAAUUGUACUAUUAAAACUUAUAAGCCUAUUAAAUGUGAUAAAAAUAUGUCCAAAUCACAACAAUUCAUAACAUUGGCAUCUUUAAGUUUAAUCUUGGCAAAUUUAACUGGAAUGCAAUAUAAGAAAGAAAUUCCUGAAACAACUCUGCCAAAAUUAUACCUAAACUCGAUACUCGAUGAAAAGUUCCUAGAAAAAAUGCCCUAGAAGAUAUUUCGAAAUUAUCUUCUUGCAGAUUACGAUAAUUACGACUAUGUUAAAACAAACGAAUCGAAUGAAAUUACAUUUCCUCCACUCGAGAAUACAACUGAGGAAGUCAAUUUUACAACGGAAAUAAUUGAAAACGAUAACAUCAGUGCAACAACUAUUUUCAUUGUUUUAAAAAAUUUUACCGAAACUUCCUUUAUAGACUCGAACGAAGAAACUAAUACCACUUUUAUGACUAGUAUCUCCUUCAACGAAUCUAUAAUUUAUUCAGAUGAAACAACUGAAGAAAUAGACUAUAAUAUAAGUACAACUACAGAUAUUGAUUCAAAUAUUAUUGAAACUUUCGAUGUAAAUUCAGAGAGAGAUGGAGUUACAGAAAUGGAAGAAUAUUUAACAUCAUUAUCGACACAAGAUAAUUAUCAACAUUUGAUAAUUACAACGUUAAAUACAAAUAUCGAAUCCGCGACAAUUACGAACAAAUUUACUGAGGAAUCUAUUUCUACAGAAAUGAUUGAUAAAAUUUCUACAAUUCUUGAAUCUUCAACACUAGGCGAAAGUGUGAUUUCUCUAUUAGAAAAAGAUACAAGAUACGUAAAGUGUUUCGAAUACGUUUGCAUGGCUACAGAAGAUACAAUUUCUUCAUCGAAAGAAUUAGAUCUGAAAACUCGAAAGAAGCUUUGCCAUUCGUGUUGGGAAACGGUAUUUGGACAAGAACUUGUUAAGCUUACUGUAAUGGACUUGAUAAUCAUCAUAGCAAAUACAUUAACUAUAGAUUUUAUUCGUGCUGUCUUCGUACGAUUCAUGAACGGUUACUGGUGUUGGGAUCUUGAGAAACAAUUCCCUCAAUACGGUGAUUUCAAAAUUGCUGAAAAUAUACUUCAUUUGGUGCUCAAUCAAGGGAUGAUAUGGAUGGGAAUGUUCUUUAGUCCUGGAUUAAUAGUUUUAAAUCUUUUCAAACUUGCAAUUCUCAUGUACCUUAGAUCUUGGGCUGUUAUAACUUGUAAUAUACCACAUGAAGUAGUUUUUCGAGCUUCCAGAUCUAACAAUUUUUACUUUGCUUUAUUGUUAAUAAUGUUAUUUUUAUGCGUUCUACCCGUUGGCUAUGCUAUAGUUUGGGUAGAACCAUCAUUGUGUUGCGGUCCAUUCUCUGGUUACAAGAAAAUUUAUCAUGUAGUGACGAAAAAGCUCACUCAUUCUCUUCCUGAUUUAAUUAAGAGGUGUCUUGAUUAUAUUGCCUCUCCUGGUAUAGUAAUUCCAUUAAUUGUUCUCAUGAUACUUAUUAUUUAUUAUAUGAUAUCACUUACCCGUUCAUUGAGAGAGGCUAAUAAUGAUUUAAAGAUACAAUUGCGCCAUGAACGUACCGAAGAACGGCGAAAAUUAUUUAAAAUAGCGAAAAAAAGGGAAGAAAUGUCUGAUAUUUUGAAAUUCAAAAAAAUGUUACCAGUUUUAUCUAAAAGAUCGAUAAUAAAGAAAAUUCUUAAAGAUGAUUCAGAAGUUAUAGAAAUAGAAAAUGCAUCGAUAAAAGUUUACGAAGAUGAAAGGAAAAAUUCAGCUUCAGAAUUAACAGAUAAAUUUAUAGAACAGGAUAUAAUAUUACAUGAUCAAACACAACACACAUUUUCUGAAAGUGAUAAUAAUGAAAAAGAACCAGUUACUAGCAACAGAUUAAUAAAAGUUUUACACGAUUCUUGGGAAUUACAAUCCAGUGAUUAUGCUAUUAUACCAGAGAUUCGCAUAAACGAGAUCAAAAAGGAAUCAGAAAAUCACUUUCAAACAAAAGAUUCUACAAAAGAUCAUGAUAACCGUCUAUCUAUUGCAUCUGAAAAUAGAAUUCGACGAUGAUGGGGAUGAAGCAAAUCCAAGCUUUACCAUAUGGAAGAAAACUAAAUUCUCACAUUUCAAUUCAACGUUUAAACUCUCGCGAAGCAUAUAUGUUAUUUAUAUAACAUUUCAAAGAA